AUGUGUACACUAAUAGGCAAAGCUACAGGUAAAUCUCUCCGCUUACCAGCCAAGGAAAAUCGAUGCCUCGGCUGUGUCAAUAUAAGAGAAACGAAAACACGCGUUUCUGACAUACAUAAAUAUGGUGGAUGGAGAAAUUUUGGACGCAUUCCCUGGGAAUCCUGCAAACGCUGCUCUCCACCGUUCACUUUCACAAUUGAGCAACUUAUUCUUUUGAUGAGUUGCGAAAAAAUUGGAGAUUCGUUCAAGUCCACUGUUUCCGAACCGUGUGACUACAAUCAUGCUCUACUAGUCGGCGAAAAGAUCUGGGUAUUCGGGAAGAAAUUUGUCAGUCAACCGACAUUCAACUGGGGACACAAUGUAGCAUUUGCUGGAACCUACGGAGUAGCUUUCAACACAACUACCAACAAAUGGGAGGAACCGCACACAUUCUCACCGCUCUCAAAUGAAGAGAACCUUAGCGAGGCAAUGUUUGUCUUCAAUGGAGCAGUUCAUAUGCUCCUUUUCACCGCAUUCGGCAAACUUUCUAUGGUAUCUCUUCAUGAGUGGACUGGAAGUUCCUUCAAGCCAGUAGAGCUUCAGAGCUUUGCCGCUAUUCCCACUUCGGACAGCUCAAGCAGGGUCACGUUAGUGGUUGCCGACGGUGCAGACGACAAAACGAAAUAUUUGAUAAGUACUGUGGAUCAUCAGAUGAGAGUAGCCCGCUUGACUUCAUCUGGUAGCGGUGCUACUGUAGAACACCUUUUCGAUAUCCCCCCUGAGCAGGGUAUAGGGCUUUCACAAGCUACGUCAGGUGUUGUAGCUGGAAAGAGACUGCUAGUCUGUUUCGGAACGCAUGGAUGUGGAUUCCGAUGGGAAAAUGGACGCAUCAUUGCUUGUGAUCUGGAGAAUAAAACGUGCGAAACACUGGAUAUCAAUACCGACUCUGCUCCUCAUUGGGGUUUCAAUGGAGCUAUCGGCUAUGGUUUUAUGCCAUCGGGAUCAUGGGUUCAUGCUUGCGGAAGUGUGCCCCAAGGAAUGACUGGAAGUAGAUAUGAUGGAAGUAUCUGGGAACUGAACAAUUUGGAUUCUACACCUUCGUGGAAGCAACUUAGCAGUGGUUUCUCUUCUGAUAUGGAAGGUGAAGUUGUGGUGGAUACGAAACAUGGAGUCGUUUACAGUGUUGGAAAAACCCAGAUUGGAAAGGCAAAGAUCUAG